UACGUAGUUGUGAAUUCGCUAUUGCUCACAAUGAGAGUCUAAAGGUUCUUAAUGAUGAUAUUGAGAAUCAAAAACUAGCUGCCAAACUACCCGACUGGUUAAGUAGCAGAUGGAACCGAAGGGCCACACAAUACCAACUGGAACACAGAAGGUUCCCAAGCUUUAACUAUUUUGUGACAUUCCUGUCGAUGGAAGCUAGCAUUGCGUGCAACCCUAUAACAUCCUACAACGCAUUACGACAAAGUGAACCUGAUAAAGCAAAGAUCAAGAACCAAACUGUAGGUGCCAAGAUCUUCACAACUAACAUCAGUGAGAGAAACAUAGUCACAUGUGUGUUAUGUAAGAAAUUAGGACACAGUUUACACAAGUGCUUCAAAUUCAUUGAAAGGACAGUCGCCGAACGAGUCAAGUUCAUUCAGAAUGAAAGACUGUGCUUCGGAUGUUUAAGUCCUGGCCAUCAAUCCAAGAGCUGCAGUAGCCGGAUGGUCUGUGACACCUGCUCAAAACGUCAUCCCACAUGCCUACACGAAGAUCGCUCAAAACAAGAACCAAAAGGGGAAACAUCUAAAGACAUAAGUUAUGGCAAGGAAAGAAAGCUACUGUCAACACAAGAGGUUAUCAAGGAAACCACAUCCAACAGAGUUGUGCAAGAUGGCAAUACUACACAGACUUCAGCGAUAGUACCUGUCUAUGUGUCAACGCAAAGUGAUUCAAGUAAGGAAGUUCUUGUCUAUGCUCUGCUAGAUUCACAAAGUGAUUCUUCCUUCAUUCUUGAGGAAGUAGCAAACAUUCUAGAUACGAACACGGAACAAGUGAAGCUGAAACUAUCUACAAUGUCGUCAAAAAGGACAAUUGUACCCUGUAAAAGACUCAAAUAACUACAAAUAAGAGGUCUAUUCUCCUCUAAGAAGAUCACAGUGCCAACAACGUACACUCGUGAAUUUAUCCCUGCCAAUCGGACACACAUUCCAACUUCAGAGACCGCUAAAGCAUGGCCUCAUUUGGAGCAUCUUGCAGAACACAUUGCACCGCCAAAGGAAUGUGAAAUUGGUCUGCUAAUCGGAUACAAUUGCCCACAAGCGCUAAUGCCCAGAGAAGUCGUAUGUGGAGAAGAAAACGAACCCUUUGCUCAGAGAACUGAUCUAGGUUGGAGCAUAGUGAGUUAUGGUGACCCACAAGAGCACUACAGUGAUGCAAUUGGAGUAAGUCACCGCAUCAUUGUAAGGAAAGUGACACCUGAACCCAAACCAACAAUCAAGCUCAAAGGUGAAGUUCACUAUGUUUGCAAGACUCAGAUCAAGGAAAUGAUCAGUCCAAAUGAUGUAAUUAAGGUACUAGAAUCUGAUUUCAGUGAAAGAGUUGAAGAAGAUGCAACCGUCUCUCAGGAAGAUCUCCACUUCUUGACUAAGCUGAGAGAUGAAAUCAAACACAAACAAGAUGGUCAUUAUGAAAUGCCCUUACCUUUCAAACAAGACAGACCAAAUCUACCCAAUAAUAAGUCAUGUUCUGUUCAGCGUCUAAGAGGCUUGGAACGAAGGCUCAAGAGAGACCAGAAAUACUGUUCAGACUACAUGAACUUCAUGAAAGAUAUCAUUGCUCGUGGUGAUGCUGAGAAGGUUCCCGAAAAGGAACUCAACAAUCAUCCAGCCUGGUAUAUUCCCCACCACGGGGUAUACCACCCUCAAAAGCCUGGGAAGAUACGCGUCGUCUUCGAUUGCUCAGCAAGAUUCCAAGACACGUCAUUGAAUGACCACCUUCUUACUGGGCCAGAGCUCACAAAUACCUUGGUGGGAGUUCUCUGCAGGUUUCGCAAGGGCCCAAUUGCUAUUAUGUGUGAUGUGGAGCGAAUGUUCCAUCAGUUCCAUGUAAGACCGGAAGACCAAGACUACCUGAGGUUCUUAUGGUGGGAGAAUGGUGACCUGAUGUCUCCGCCAUCAACUUUCCGGAUGAAAGUCCAUCUGUUUGGGGCAGCCUCCUCACCCGGCUGUGCCAAUUUUGGUCUCAAACAUUUAGCCGCUAAAGGUCAGGAUCAAUUUAACCAAAACGCUGUUAAAUUCAUCCAAAGGAAUUUUUAUGUUGACGAUGGACUGGUGAGUGUAACGUCUGAUGCUGAGGCAAUUCAACUCAUCAAGGAAGCAAGAGGUCUUUGCAGCACAGGCAAGCUAAGACUACAUAAGUUUGUCUCCAACAGCAAGCAUGUAUUGAAAUCAAUACCAAAGGAAGAGUGCGCUGAAAGUGUCAAAACCCUUGAUAUGGCUUUGGGAGAGCCACUCAUGGAAAGAGCUCUCGGAGUGCAAUGGUGCGUGUCCUCUGAUGACUUUCAGCUCAGAGUUACAGUCAAGGAACACCCGUUGACCAGAAGAGGAGUGCUAUCAACAGUAGCUUCCAUCUACGACCCAUUGGGGUUCGUAGCCCCAUUCAUUCUCCUAGGAAAGCAGAUAUUGCAACAACUGUGUCGAGACAAGGCCGGUUGGGAUGAACCACUCUCAGAGGAGCUCAAGACACAGUGGGAAUCUUGGCUACAAGAUCUACAAAACUUGUCUAAUGUAAGGAUCAGAAGGUGCUAUAUUCCAGCAAACUUCAUAGAUGUCAAACAGUACGAGCUUCACCACUUCUCAGAUGCCAGCGUCACAGGCUAUGGGGAGUGUACUUAUCUCAGAACAAUCAACACCAAUGUUAAUUAGUGACUCAACCUUAGAUAACCAGGGAAAACGCACUACAAAGCCAGUCUAUCUUGACAGGCCUGUAUACAAGACAGUUUUACUGCUUGAAGCAGAAUGAAUGUUAUGGUUAAUUUGUGAGGUGAAAUCCCAAAGGAUGUGAUUUGGUGGGAGUUUAACUGCCAUAAAUGUUAUUCAUGUCAUUAUUAAUAGGUUUUACAUAAUAUCAUUAUUAUUUGUACAACUUGUAUUUUGAAUAUUGAUUUUGCUUGUAUUUAUGUGAUAGGAACUAUCUGUACAUUCUAUGUUGUGUUGGGACGCUUUUAGUGGUGACAAGUUCCAGACAUCGCGGUAAAGUAGCGGCGGUAAAGUUUAGUACUCUGAAAGAUAAGUUAAAUUAACGACGUGUUUAUUUACAAGUAUUCUUGUUUCUAAGUGGACCCAUUUCCCUCUCAGUUGUGUGCAGCCAGCGAGUUCGACGGUGGAUUGAUGACGGUGGAGAAUUUAGUAGAAGAAUAAAUCCAUCAGUAACCAGAA